AUGAAGAUUUCCAAUACUGCCGUCCUUGCGCUUUUUGCAUCAUCUACUAUGGCCGCUGCCACCCCAGCUUUAAACCAAGGCUCAACACUCGUGAGAAGAUCUGAAGCCAACAAGAUGAUGGAUCUUUUAGCUGAAUUCAAGCAAAUUGAAGAAAAGAGACAGCUUGCUUCCGGUGAUGAACACAUGGAGCUUUCUAAGAGAGCUGACAACGUUAUUGUCAAUUUACUUUCUGCUGUCAUCAACUCUGGUAUUAUUGGGGAAGUAUGGGAUACUUUGUCUACAAACAGUGCUUUCAGAUCUGAAGUUGUCACAGUAAGUAAGGCCAUUUUGAAAACUCUUUUGGCUGAAGGACCAGCUUUGAUUAAAACCAUCUGGGACUCUGGCUUAUUAAAGAAUAUUUUGAGUACUCUUUUAAAGGACUCUGACUUAAAAAGUGCAAUCUUUGAUGCAGUUAAAGCUUCGAUUGGUACAGUUUUGGCUUUAGUUGAAAAAAUUAUCGCUAAUAAGACAGGAAGCAGUGCUGCCACAACCACUACCACAUCAGCAACAGUUGCUACUACUACGGCAGCUGCAAAGAAGCGUGACAUAGUCGAUCUGGAGUACUUGUCUAAAAGAGAUGCCAGUGAUAUUCUCGCUUGGGUUUACAACGAAGUAAAGAGCUCUGGUCUCGUUUCUAAAGCCAUCGACAGCAUUAAGGAUGAUCCAUCUAAAUACAUUAGUUUGGCUGAAUCUCUUGGCAAAACUGCACUCUCCCUUGGAACCGAGUUCUACUCUUACGCUAAAAAGAACGGCCUUCUUGAAGAAAUAGUUGACUACCUUGGUGAACAUGGCGGUACUUAUGGUUCAGACAUAUCAAAGCUUUUAGAUGAGCUCUUAGGAAGCAAUUCAUCAUCAUCAUCAUCUUCUGGCUCUACCACAACUGCAAGUGUUGCUGAUGAUCUCUUCGCAACUUUGACCUCAGGAACUGGUAGUGACGCUACAGGUUUGGCUGCUGCUUCUGCUGCUGCCGCUGCAUUGACUGAUGACUCUUAUGCUACCACUUUGGUUAAAAGAAGAUCUUAUUGA